AUGUUGAAAGUCUUCGGUGGAUCAGAGAUAUGCAACAAAACCGAAACUCUGCGUGCAUCUGCACUGAUCAGCCGAUGUGCCCACCAGAGUCCCAGAAGAGGCGCGGAGGACCAGAAGACUCCUCACCACUGCUGCAAGUCUUACCCUGGCUCCAGAGCCCAGAUCUUCCUGCAGGGUGGACGGAGUCAGAGAGAGGCUGCUGCUCGCUGCUUGGACAGCGAGAGUAAGAUACUCGUCCAAGCAGGUGUGAGCGAAGAGCUACGUCACGGGCUUUGUGCCCUCAGCGCAGUCGUCAGCUUACUGAAUUCCUACAACCGCCUCCCCUCCAAUGGCGCGCGGAAAAAAUCUUGCACACCUUCCUUUGAGGAAGGGAAAUGUCUGCUCCCACAAUUGAACCCUAGGAAGAAGAUGGAAAUAAUACCAGGUUUCAAAAUGCAAGGGGUGACUGAAAAAGGAGGUGCUCCUUUUCAUACAAGAGUUCCUGAAUUAACACAGAUGCCUAAACGAAUAAGGUGUAGUCCCUUCUUCAAAAAUUUAUAUGGAAUACAUGCAAACCCAGGUAAGAAUAGAGAAUGUACUGCAAGAUACAACAUAAGCAGCUCUCCACUAGACAGAGUAGUCCUUGCUCUUCCCUUCGCUAUAAAAUAAUGGAAGGUGUACUAUACUUUCAGGUAUCAUAUAAAAGACAAAAACAAAACAAAAGACUGCAUGUCAAAACUUCAGUGUGAUAUAUUGGCCCAUUUCAUCACUAGGGAACAGGAUGUGUUAAACCCUUUACAGUCCAAGCAGGUGUUAAAUACUUCAGAUACCAAGGAGAGUGUACUUCAGUGUAUGUCAGAACACAGCCAACCCAAACUUUGACAAGGAUAUUCCAAGACUACAGGUGAGCAAAGGGCUUGGCACAUUUUAUGGGACUGGACUGAAUUUAUUUAAUAUAUACAGUUUCCUUGAAAUACUUCUUUCCAAUGGAACUUGAUCUUAUGAAAAUGUUCUUAAUCUUAGAAGUGGUAGUGUAGGCAAAGCAUCCUACUACUGUUAAUAAUAUAAGUGUUUACAUAAUUAGAACUUUUGUCAAACACUGGCAAGCACUUUAGAAAGACUGUCUCAUGUAGUCUUCACACACACACACACACACACACACACACACACACACACCUGAUAUAUCCUAAUAUCAUUUCCAUUUCAUAGAAAAGUAAUUAAGGAUGCAUGUGUCUUCCCUCUGUUAAAGUUUGCAGAACAUUUAUUAUCAACUUCCGGCGACUUUCAAUAAUGACUUCUCACUAGUUGUAUAGAAAUUCAAUUUUCUAUUGAAUUUUCUAUUGAAAAUUUUCAAUUUCAAACAAGAGGUUUGCACAAAGAAGAAAACACCCCAAAGGUGAGUCAUUCAUCAGAUUAUGUGGAUUGGGGUGGUUGGGGUAAGAUUU